GAUCCACACUGGGGCGCUGAAUCCCUCUCAAACCAACUGUGCAAGUGUGUGCAGAGCAGAGCGCAACUUGGGAACCUGGAAGCUUAAAUCUCACAGCAAAUCCCCAUUAGCUGCGAGUUGACAUGGCUUGACUGAUCUCUGAGGGAAGUUUCAGGAAAUGCAACAGGUGGCGGAGCGGAGGGAAUGAACUGCGCGCUGCCGUAAGUGCUUUCUUAGGCUUCCAAAUAGAUAGCAGGGUGUCCCAGGACCCUGUACCUGGACCAGGUUCAUGUACCAGAGGUACUUCUGAAAACAUUUGACCCCUCUCUGUAUGCUUGCCGUUACCCAGCUCUCGUUAGCGUCCCCGGCUAGCUGCUGCUGCCAGGGUGGGAGUCGGACAGGGAGCAACUGCGCACUCCUUCACACGGUCAGGUGGCACCAUGGAUGACAGCAGCCUCAAUGACGCCAAUGUAAAGGUCGCUGUUCGUGUUCGACCAAUGAACAGGAGAGAAAAAGAUCUAAAGACAAGAUGUGUGGUGGAGAUGGAGGGGAACCAGACCGUUCUGCAUCCGGCCGUCACCAACCUGAACAAAGGAGACCCCCGAAAUCAGCCAAAGGUUUUUGCCUACGACCACUGCUUCUGGUCAAUCGAUGAAUCUCGGAAAGACAAGUUUGCAGGUCAGGAUGUAGUGUUCCAGUGCCUCGGGGAGAGUCUGCUGGACAGCGCCUUCAUGGGCUACAAUGCGUGCAUCUUUGCCUACGGACAGACAGGCUCUGGGAAGUCGUACACCAUGAUGGGCUCAUCGGAGCAGCCCGGUCUGAUCCCGCGGCUCUGCAGCUCCCUGUUCUGCCGGACUGUGCAGGAGGCUCGGGAGGGGGAGAGCUUCACCGUGGAGGUCUCCUACAUGGAGAUCUACAACGAGAAGGUCCGAGACCUGCUCGACCCCAAAGGAAAUCGCCAAGCGCUGAGAGUAAGAGAGCAUAAAGUUUUGGGGCCUUAUGUUGAUGGUCUGUCUCGCCUGGCUGUGUCCUGCUACAAGGACAUCGAGUCUCUGAUGUCGGAAGGAAAUAAAUCUCGCACCGUGGCAGCCACAAAUAUGAAUGAAGAGAGCAGCAGAUCCCACGCUGUGUUCAACAUCAUCCUCACACACACACUCAUGGACCUACAGUCUAAGACGAGCGGCGAGAAGGUGAGCAAGCUGAGUCUGGUGGAUCUGGCUGGCAGCGAGCGCGCAGCCAAGACCGGAGCAGCGGGGGAGCGGCUGAAAGAAGGGAGUAACAUCAAUAAGUCCCUCAGCACUCUGGGUCUAGUUAUCUCGGCCUUGGCUGACCAGGGAGCAGGGAAGAACCGGACCAAGUUUGUUCCCUACAGAGACUCUGUGCUGACCUGGCUGCUCAAGGACAGCCUGGGAGGGAACAGCCGCACAGCCAUGGUCGCCACCAUCAGCCCUGCCGCGGACAACUACGACGAGACGCUGUCCACCCUGCGUUACGCCGACAGGGCCAAGAGCAUCGUCAACCACGCCGUGGUCAACGAAGACCCCAACGCCAGGAUCAUCCGACAGCUCCGAGAGGAAGUGGAGAAACUGAGGGAGCAGCUCACCGAGGCCGAGUCUAUGAAGGCCCCCGAGCUGAAGGACAGGCUGGAGGAGUCGGAGAAACUCAUCCAAGAAAUGACAGUCACCUGGGAGGACAAACUCCAGAAGACGGAGGCUAUUGCCCAGGAGCGUCAGAGGCAGCUGGAGAGUCUGGGCAUUUCCCUGCAGUCUUCUGGGAUCCGAGUGGUGGAUGACAAGUGUUUCCUGGUCAACCUCAACGCUGACCCUGCCCUCAACGAGCUGCUGGUCUACUACCUGAAGGAGCACACGCGUGUGGGCUCGGCCGACUCGCAGGACAUCCAGCUGUGUGGGAUGGCCAUCCAGGCGGAGCACUGCGUCAUCGACAUCACCGAGGACAACGGCGUGGUGCUCAGUCCUCACCGCAACGCUCGAACAUGUCUGAACGGUGCUGCAGUCACCAGUCCGGUCCAGCUGCAGCACGGGGACAGAAUCCUGUGGGGAAACAACCACUUCUUCAGGAUCAACCUGCCGAGGCAAAUGGUCCGUGCUGGAGCUGAGGACGAGGAGAUCGGCGCCGUGAUGAAGACGUGUUUGAGCACAGAGCAGCUGGAGGUGGACUUUGAUGCGUCCAGCGACCUGUCGAGCGAGCUGAGCUUCGGCUACGAGUUCGCUCAGGCCGAAGUCAUGAUGAAAAGCAUGGGCACCAACGACCCUCUGCAGGCGGUGUUGCAGACCCUGGAGAGGCAGCACGAGGAGGAGAAGCGCUGUGCCCUGGAGCGCCAGAGGCAGAUGUACGAGCAGGAGCUGCAGCAGCUCCGCCAGAGGCUUACUCCUGAGAGGUCCUCACAAGGCCUGGACCCAGCGGGCACUGCUGUGACAUCACCCGGCUCCAACAAGCGCAUGCGCCGCUGGAGCGAGGACAGGGAAGCAAUGAUGACUCGCAGCCUGCGGCGCCUGAGGGAGCAGAUAGUCCGGGCCAACCUGCUGGCCCAGGAGGCCGGCUUCAUUGCCGAGGAGCUCAGCAAGAGGACGGAGUACCUGGUCACUCUGCAGAUACCUGCUGCCAACCUGGAUGCCAACAGGAAGCGUGAUGUAGUGCUGAGUGAGCCGGCCAUCCAGGUUCGUCGUAAAAGUAAAGGGAAGCAGAUCUGGGCUCUGGAAAAGCUGGAGAACAGGCUGGUGGACAUGAGGGAACUCUACCAGGAGUGGAAGGACUUUGAUGAAGACAACUCUGUGAUGCGCUCCUAUUUCAAACGUGCCGACCCCUUCUUCGAUGAACAGGAGAACCACAGUCUGAUCGGCGUGGCCAACGUUUUCCUGGCCUGUCUGUUCUACGACGUCAAGCUGCAGUACGCAGUGCCCAUCAUCAACCAGAAUGGAGAGGUGGCCGGUCGGCUGCAUGUCGAGGUCUGGCGGGGUACAGAGGGCUCUGAGGAGUCUGUACUUCAGCACAGCAACACAGACGGAGAUCCACAGGAGCGCAGACUGGACUGUGUGGUGAACAUCCUCCAGGCCAACGGUCUGCCGCGCCACCUGUCCAACUUUGUCUUCUGCCAGUACCACUUCUGGGGGCAGGACGAGUCGGUGUUCAUCGCUCCAGAGAUGGUGUCAUCCAGCUCGGCCUCCACCUCCAGAGACCCUCAAUGCACUGUGGUCUUCGACAGCUCCAAGGAGUUCUCUGUGCCGGUGUCAGAGGACUUUGUGGACUAUUUGGCAGAGGGGGCGGUGGCCAUUGAAGUGUACGGCCAUAAGCAGGCCAACCAUCGGAGGAACCUGGCCCUGUGGGACCUGGGAGUGAUUCAAGCCAAGACCCGAACCCUCAGAGAAAGGUGGAGCGAGGUGACCCGCCACCUGGAGAUGUGGGUGCAGCUGAGUGAGCUGAACGAGGCGGGAGAGUUCAGCGCUGUAGAGGUUCUUCCCGCCAAAGACGUACGCACAGGAGGAGUCUUCCAGCUCCGACAGGGUCAGUCCCGACGGGUCCAGGUGAAGGUGCGUUCAGUACCGGACUCGGGCACAAUGCCCCUCAUCGUCACCUCUAUUCUCUCUGUGUCCAUCGGAGACGUCAAGAUCCGACAGGCCCGUCUCUCCAAAGGCAGCGAAUCACAAUGGGGUGGGGAUGAAGAAAUGGACAGCUACCAAGAGCUAGACCUGGAGAGGAUGAGGGAACAGUGGCUGGCCACGCUCACUCAGAGACAGGAGUAUCUGGACCAGCAGCUACAGAAGAUAGUUUGCAAACCAGAUAAGUCAGAGGACGAUGUGGAGCGGGAGUCCCAGCUGCUGGAAUGUCGCCUGACGCUCACCGAAGAACGCAACGCCGUCCUAGUGCCGUCGGCCGGCAGCGGCAUCCCUGGAGCGCCUGUAGAGAGGGUCCCUGUCCCUGGCAUGGAAACACACAUCCCUGUCCUGUUCCUGGAUCUCAGUGGUNAUGAUUUCCAGGCCAGUCUUUCAGCCCCACUGGCCGGGGGGCUGGAUGCGUUACUCAACGGGGAGGAGAAGGACGAAUUCUUUGACCUUCAUAUUGUUAAACGUUAUGAUCCUGAGGUGAAGGUGGAUGCCUCCUGGGACUCGACGGUCCAUAAGUGCCCCCAGCUGAGUCGCGUGAUGUCAGCUGACCAGAGGGUCUACCUGACCGUCAGCGCAGUGGUUCAGCUGAGCCACCCGGCCCAGAUGCAGCUGGUACUCAGGAAACGCAUCUGCGUCAACGUCACCGGGAAACAGGGUUUUGCCCAGAGCCUGAUGAAGAGGAUGUCUCAGCGCAGCACCAUCCCUGGCUGUGGAGUCACCUUCGAAAUCGUUUCUAAUAUCCCAGGGGACAUCCAUGGUCCAGAGGACAGGGAGAUGUUGGCCAGGCUGGCUGCCAGCACCGAGGACAGCCAGUCAGCUGACAGUGAGGCGGCCAUAGAGAAGUACCUCCGCAGCGUCCUGGCUGUGGAGAACAUCCUCACUCUGGACAGACUCAGACAGGAGGUGGCUGUCAAGGAACAGCUGGCAGUCCGAGGGAAAGCUUCCACACGCUGCCUGAGCUCUCCUAACAUCCAGCAGCUGUCAGCCAACAGUCUGGAUCUCUACUCCUCCACUCAUAGGCUCAGUGACUUCAAGGGUUGGGAGAGCCACCAGGACCUGUCUCUUGUGAGUCCUUCAUCCAAACACACAGUGCCUAGCUCCACAUCCCAAAGCCUUCGCCCAGAUCCAGUGGAUUCAGGCUUCGCUGCGUCUUAUCUCCCUCCAGUGAAGGCCGUACCCAGGCUGCUGAAGUCCCUGCUACCUGGGGGGAGGGAAGAUGGUGGAGCCCAGCCGGCCGUCCAUCAGCAGAGUUUGCCUCGCAUCGUGGUGCAGUCAGCCAGUGUUGAUGAUGACAUGAGCGAACACCAGCAGCCGGUUCCCAUUGGAGAAAUCAUUCCUCCCGACCUCCAAACAGAAAGCCCCAGAUCCGUGCCCCUCCCGCCGCCUUACAUCCCGGAGACAGAAGACUCCACCUACAGCCCGGGGAGCGAAGCAUCGAGCGGAUACAUGUCAACGUGCAUAUCUACAGCAACGCUGUCGGACGUCUACACGCUGAGCUGGGACCUGCCUCCGUCCUCCGGCAGCAGAAGCGACGGCUUCGAGGCGGUGCCAGAUGAAGAGGAAGAGGCCAAUAAAGUGGCACAGUCAGACCCUUACCCUGAGGCUUUCCCCGUGGACCAAUCAGAGCCUCAGAAGUCGUUGCUGGUUUUGGACGAGAGGACAGCUGAAGAGAGGACAGACUCGCCACCGUCCAAACAAGACCAUGCCCCUUCAGACUCAAUCCUAAGUCCACAAGAACCAAACCAGUCUCCGUCAGUCAAGUUAAAGGAGCAUGAAGAGCCGGAUUCCGAAUCAGACGCAUUACGCCAGAUCAAACAAAAGCAAGACUCCACUACUGGCCAUAGUGGAUCAGAACAGUUAGACAGUUCAGAGCCAGUGAAAGAUUCACUGUUAGUGCCAGAGAAGGAAACCAGACGGACAGAAGAUUCACAAGCAGACCACUCAAAACCAGAAACCCCCCUGACAGAAGAAGUCGAGCUAGCUGCUACAGACGAGACAGAAGCUGACCCGUCACUCCGCUACAAAACACUGACACAGCCGUCUGUGCAAGAAGGUCAGAGUCAGUCUGAAACAAUCGUGCCACAGCAGCCCAAACACGAGCAAAAACCCUUCAACAGUGCCCAAGAUCCAGCCCCAAACCUGGUGCCAGUUGUGUGCCAAGUCUUGCUUCCAGCUCCUGUCCCAUCUGGAGAUUUGGUUCUUCUGUCUUUGUCUGAAGAACAAGCCACUUCUGAGGCCUCAAACUCAAAUGGAACCUCCAUCCAGACGUCAUCCUCAACCACUAAAGAAGUCCGACAGGAAGCACCUACCAAUGGGUCUAAGAAAGCCACCAUGGCCCCAGGUCCUCCUCUGUCCAGUGUUCCGCCUUCCAAAGCGGAUGCCUCAGUGGCAAACCCCUUCAAGAUCCACAAAGUGAAGUCUUCAGACCUCCGGUCCUUCCAGCGUAUUGUGGGCGAGGAAGAGGGUAAGCCUGCGCAGGUGGACCGGGCCAGCAGCCUGGGGGCGGGACUUAACCUCUCAGUGCCAAUGGAAAACCUGGAAAUGAUCUCCGACUCUGAGGAAGGAGAUGCUGCUGCGGUUCUCCCCGACUGGCUAAAACAAGGCGAGUUUGUGACCGUGGGGAACAAUAAGAGCGGCACCGUCCGUUACGUUGGACCCACAGACUUUGCAGAGGGUACCUGGGUGGGGGUGGAACUGGAGGUACCAGCAGGAAGGAAUGACGGUUCAGUGUGCGGCAAGCACUACUUCCACUGUAACCCUGGUUACGGCGUGCUGAUAAGGCCAGACAGGGUGAGCAGGGCCAGCGGCAAGCCCCGCCGCCAGCAGCAAAAGCGCCGUAGCGCCAACCUGUCUGGAUCCAGCCCCAACCUGGCAGCCCUCACCGCGCUGGCCAAAGGCGGAGGAGGUGGGGGUGCACCCGGCCGCAGAGGAGAGAACCGCAAGUCGUGGAACACCUGAGAAAAACACGUGCACACACUGGCCGACAUGAUCAUAGAGCAACAACAGUGUGGUUCCAGAAGGAAAAAUGCCAUAGAUUCUCUCCAUAUGGAUUUUAGGCAGACUGACCGCGAGCUUCGAGGUCUGGAAACAAAAGGUUCUGUUCCUGUAAAAGAUAGACGUGAGAAUUAAAUCCACCUUAUUUUAAGAAACACAUGUUUUAUUCCCGAUCUUAUGGAGAAAUACUACACCACCCACAAUCCUAAGCGUAACAGCGACGUCUCUUAUUGGUUGAACUUGAAGUGUAUGAUAGUUUCUCUACACGGUCUUGUACCUUUUUUAUGCGCCGAAUCAAAUGUUAAUUGGUCAUGAUAGCUCUUGUUGCUAGUCGGCUUGAUUCCAGACUGGAAACUCUUUUUAAAAGCAAUUUAUGAAAUGUCAUUGGAGCAUUGAAUAGGGAUAAACACUUCUGGAACAAGAGCCGUUAAAAAAGUGGGCGGUCACUGUUGAGCUCUACAGGAUACGCUCUCAGAAAGAGGGACAGUCCAAUAUUUUAUAUUGGGUUGAUGGACUAAAGGCUCCACUGGAUCUCAACUCAAGACGAUCGAGUCUGCGCUCCUCUGUUGGGAGAGGGAAGGCUCUCCCCCAUCAAAUGUUCAGCACUCAUCGUUUUUUUUUAAAAUCAUAAAAUAUACCACCCUCUGUAAUUAAUUUCACGUCAAAUAGCAAGCAUGCCCUAGAAUUAGAUCCCUCCACCAGGUGGAGGAGGUGCACAGACUGUUGACGUAGGCCCUGUUGACAUUCUUAUUGCUUCUUAUAGAUGCCCAGUCAAACCCCCCGACCUCUGGGUGGUCUCCACCCGACACCGCCUUUCUAAGAUCCAACAUUCACCCCCACUUAGGCCAAAGAAGCAGGCAGUGACAUUCAGCCCUAGUCUCACUCUGUGGUUCAGUGUAGCAGAAGGUGCCAUUUUCCACAUAACCAAUGUAGCCCGGUACCACCUCCACGCCGACCAAUACCACAGUGACAUUGGUGGUUAUCUUAGUUUGAAAUGGAUUUAUUCCAGUGACACAGAUCACAAUAAAAGGACUGUCUCAAAAUCCAGGCAAAAGUAUAUUUGCAAAUAGGGUUGAAUGUUAAAGUACCUGAAGUUCACUGGAUUACACCACAGUGCGCUGGGAGGUGUUACACCACCACGUGCUCAUAGUCCUGCUGCAUGUUUGGAUGGACUUCCCAAGUAUUGCAGCUUGUUUUAUGCCUGUUGGUAUUGUUUAUUUUACUCUCAUGCCUUGAAAUAUUACGACUACUGCUCAGCCAAUGUGCCUUAGUGAUACAGCACCACAUCCUGUGCUGUUGAUAGGUUCUUAAACGGUUUCACUGGAGCUUUUUUUAGCUCAUGAAUGUACUUUUGCUAUUAUAGAAAAAGAACUUUUGCCAUUUAUGGAUAAAUUCUACGGAACUUUGCAAUCCUUUUUUAUCAGUUUUGUGUCCAAGCACGUGUGUCCAGACUGAUUGGAAGUGACUUCAUUUUAACUAGAGAUAAUGUGUGGCAGUUACUCUUUUUUUCCACUAUCAUGUUUUUAAUUAUACUGUGUGUAUGGGGAUAAUUAAGGGAUUUUGUUGUUUGGAACACAUUAAGUAUAACAUUUUGUCUGGUAAUAGGAUUUUAUACAAUGCCUGAAUGCUUAUUUAUUUAAAAAUUAAGAAUUAUUGAUGAUAAAAAGCUAAAUCAGCGUUUUUAUAUUGUUGAAUAAAUUUCAUUCUGCUCUUGUCAA